AUGUUUAAAUUUUUCACUUCUCCAACAACUAUAAAGAGAUCGACAUUUCUCUUCAAUUAUUCUAGUGGUUUGUUUUCAAAAUCAUUAAUUACAUACUAUAGAACCAUGUCUACUACUCCUACUAUUCCUACCAUUAAAUUAAACUCUGGUUAUGAAAUGCCAUUAGUUGGUUUCGGAUGUUGGAAAGUCAAUAAUGAAACUGCUGCUGACCAAAUCUACAAUGCUAUCAAAACUGGUUACAGAUUAUUUGAUGGUGCUGAAGAUUACGGUAAUGAAAAAGAAGUUGGUGAAGGUAUUAACAGAGCCAUUAAAGAAGGAUUAGUUAAAAGAGAAGAAUUAUUCAUCACUUCUAAAUUAUGGAACAAUUUCCAUGAUCCAAAGAAUGUUGAAACUGCUUUAAACAAAACUUUAAGUGACUUGAACUUGGACUAUGUUGAUUUAUUCUUGAUUCAUUUCCCAAUUGCUUUUAAAUUUGUUCCAAUUGAAGAAAAAUACCCACCUGGUUUCUACUGUGGUGAUGGUGAUAACUUCCACUAUGAAGAUGUUCCAUUAUUAGAUACUUGGAAAGCUUUGGAAAAAUUGGUUGAAGCUGGUAAGAUCAAAUCUAUUGGUAUUUCCAAUUUUACUGGUGCUUUGAUUUACGAUUUGAUCAGAGGUGCUACUAUCAAACCAGCUGUUUUACAAAUUGAACAUCACCCAUACUUGCAACAACCAAAAUUGAUUGAAUAUGUUCAAAAAGCUGGUAUUGCCAUUACUGGUUACUCUUCAUUUGGUCCACAAUCAUUCUUGGAAUUGGAAUCCAAGAGAGCUUUGAACACCCCAACUUUAUUUGAACAUGAAACUAUUAAAUCAAUUGCUGAUAAACAUGGUAAAUCCCCAGCUCAAGUUUUAUUAAGAUGGGCUACUCAAAGAAAUAUUGCUGUUAUUCCAAAAUCAAACAAUCCAGAAAGAUUAGCUCAAAACUUGUCUGUUGUUGACUUUGACUUGACUAAGGAUGAUUUGGACAAUAUUGCUAAAUUGGACAUUGGUUUGAGAUUCAAUGAUCCAUGGGACUGGGACAACAUUCCAAUCUUUGUUUAA